AUGUCGAGAUUCAAGGUCAGCAGUAUGCAAGAUAACCUUGUGGCAUUGAAAGAGGAGACGCUUGCUCAGGUUGAAGGCACCUCCCUUCAGCCUAAUACUGCUGAUACGGUUGAAGAGGCUCUUCGAUCUUACUUCUCGGACUCGGUUUCCAAAAUUGGCUCUCAAUUUGGGACUGAGUCUUACCUGUCCGUUCUCAAACCAAUCACUCAAGCUGCCAAGAGCCCCCUAGCUCUAGAUGUCGUGCGCUUGUCAAAAGACACACCGGCACUUGAAUCAUCCAUGCGCAAGAAGCUGCAGAAAUCUGGAUGGAUCAUUAAUGAGCAGGCACUCCCCAUAUCGUCGACAACACCGAGUGUCAUUCUAGUCCUUGAUGAGCUUUCGUCUCCGUUGCUCACACAAGCCAACGAAGAGCAAUCGAAGGAGCUUAAAGAGCUCAUUGGCUUGGGCAAACAGUUGCUUUGGGUUACUCAAGGUGCACAGCAUCAAGUGACCAACCCCGACGCAGCCCUUGCCCACGGCUUGUUCCGAGUGAUUCGCAUGGAAGACCCCAAUGCCAAGCUGACCACUCUAGAUACCGAGCGAUCGUCUGGCGCAGCAACCGAAUGGGCAAUUGAUACUGUUCUCCAGUCUCUCCGGUCGGAAAGACAGAAAGAAUUCAUCGAGACUGAAUACGCCGAGAGAGGUGGCAUUCUUUACGUACACCGCGUCGUCCCGGACGAAGCCAUCAACCAAUUCAAGCUAGACGUGAAGGAGGGUACCGAACCAAUUGUUCAGGAUCUGCACAAACCUGGGCCCACAGUUUCUCUACGGGCAGAGCGUAUUGGAACUUUCGAAAGCCUUACAUGGGCAGAGAACGGUACUGCUGAGCUACCUGUGCAGGAAGGUCGUGUUGAGGUUGAGGUUUUGGCUGCCGGUGUUAAUUUCAAGGAUGUUGCUGUUACCAUGGGCAUCAUGCCAGAGAACGAGUACACUCUGGGCUAUGAGGCUUCCGGUAUCGUGAAAAGAUUGGGACCUGGCGUCACAAAGUUCGCAAUUGGUGACCGCGUCUGCUUCUUGAAUAACGGAAGCUAUGCCAAUCGUCUUCAGGUCCCUGUUGGACGUGCGCAUGUCUUCCCCGACGCGAUGUCGUUUGAGUCUGUCCUUAUUCACUCGGCUUCAGGUGGUGUUGGCCUCUCGGCAAUCCAGCUAGCUCAACAUAAAGACACAGAGAUCUUUGUAACAGUCGGAACUGAAGAGAAGCGACAAUUCCUCGCGGAUAAUUUCGGCAUCUCUCGUAACCACAUGUUCUCUUCCAGAGACACGGAUUUUGUUGCUGCAAUCUUGAAAGCGACCAAGGGUCGUGGUGUUGACGUGAUUCUCAACUCCCUAACUGGAGAUAUGCUUCAUGAGUCCUGGAGAAUCUGCGCAGACGGGGGCACAUUCGUCGAGAUUGGAAAGAAAGAUAUUGGCCAUGGAUUUCUCCACACCAAGGAUAUUUCGGAUCCUUUAAUUGCCGAUCUUCUGGAUGAGAUCUUCGAUCUGGUUAAUGCUGGCCAUGUGAAGCCUAUCAGCCCAAUCACAACCUUUAGUUUCGGCGACAUCCCUUCGGCCUUGCCUUUCAUCCGCAGUGGUCGUCAUAUCGGAAAGGUAAUCAUCUCCGAUGGCGAGAUUCCAAAUGUACAGGUCCCAAUCAGACCAGGAACCCAAAAGCUUGCGCUUCGUGGUGAUGCCUCCUAUUUAAUCAUGGGUGGUGUGAAGGGACUUUGCGGCAACCUGGCUAUUCAUAUGGCUCAACAUGGAGCUAAGCGUAUCAUCGUGGUUUCGCGCAGUGGCAUCGCAGAUGAAGCUUCACAAAAGAGGGCCAAGAACUGUUUGUCAUACGGCUGCAAGAUGAUUGAAGCAAAGGACGAUGUCGGCGACGUGUUCCGCGAGUCGUCGCCGGUCAUUGCUGGGGUUAUACAGGGAGCUAUGAUCCUUCGGGACAAACCGUAUGAGUCCAUGACGCUGGAAGAGUACCACACCGCAAUCUACGGCAAGAUCCAGGGCACUUGGGCUCUACACAAUGUCUCUCUCGAACGCACGCAGCCACUAGACUUCUUCACCCUGCUUUCCAGUAUUUCUGGAAUUGUCAGCAAAAAGGGACAAUCCAAUUACUCGGCUGCAAACACUUUCCUCGAUGCGUUUGCCACCUAUCGCCAGUCCCUUGGACUACCAGCUAACGCGCUCGACCUUGGACUGAUUGAAGACGUCGGAUACGUCGCUGAACAUGGUGGCAUGGACAGUCACUUCGACAAACGACAAUGGGCACCAAUUUUCGAGCACACACUACGCCAGAUACUUGAUCUUUCCAUCCUACAACAAACCUCGUCCCCGAUCAACGCGGUUAGUAGUGCUCAGUUGAUCACUGGUAUCGGAUUCCCACUACCCGACGACUCGAAUCUUAUUCGAGAGGCAAGAUUGGGUUACCACUUCGGACAGAGCGCAGCUGGUGGAUCGGGAGGCAAGGAUGGCGCAAAUAAGGGCGACCAGACUAUUCGUGCCUUCUUGAUGAUGCACAAAUCUGGGGUGGAUAAAUCAGCUCUCGUAAAAUUGGCUAUUGAGCUGAUGGCUGCUCAAUUCACAAAGAUUCUUCGCCUCGAGACUGAGAUGGAACCUGCGAAGUCUCUUAUGGCCUAUGGUUUGGACUCCCUGGCUGCAGUUGAGUUAAGGAACUGGGUGCGCUCUGAGCUGGAGGCUGAUCUCACCACCCUCGACAUCACCAACGCCAGCUCCUUGAUCGCACUGUGUGAAAAGCUCAUUUCGAAAUUGCCACAACCUGAAGCUGUGGCUGCUUAA